AUGUCGCCCAGCGGCGAACGCCUCAAGGAUGAGGGCUCCCGCCUGCAGGUCGUAACGGCCGGCGCCACCGCCGGCCUGUUUGCUCGCUUUGUAAUCGCCCCCCUCGAUGUCGUCAAGAUCCGCCUCCAGCUGCAGACGCACUCGCUCUCCGACCCUCUGUCGGUCCAGUCCGCCAAGGGCGGGCCCGUGUACAAGGGCACCCUGAAUACCAUAAGGCACAUCCUCGCGAAUGAGGGCAUCACGGGACUCUGGAAGGGCAAUGUCCCUGCCGAGCUGAUGUACGUUUGCUACUCGGCUGUUCAGUUUACGGCAUACAGGACGACGGCCCAGUUCCUCCAGACCGCCUUCGACAACCGCCUCCCGAACGCCGCCGAGUCCUUCAUCGCGGGAGCCGCCGCCGGCGCAGCCGCCACGACAGCCACGUAUCCCCUCGACUUGUUGCGGACUCGCUUCGCGGCGCAGGGCAACGACCGGGUGUACAAGAGUCUCCGAACGGCGGUGGCGGAUAUCUAUCGCGACGAGGGCCCGCGCGGCUACUUCCGCGGCCUCGGACCCGGUAUCGCGCAGAUCGUGCCGUACAUGGGCAUUUUCUUCGCCCUGUACGAGGGUUUGCGGCUGCCGCUUGGGGAUCUACAUUUGCCCUGGGGCGGUGGCGACGCCACGGCGGGCAUCGUGGCCAGCGUCAUGUCCAAGACGGCCGUCUUCCCUCUGGAUCUGGUGCGGAAGCGCAUACAGGUCCAGGGGCCGACGAGGUCUCGGUACGUGCACAAGAAUAUCCCCGAGUACCCUGGCGCCGUACGCGCCAUGCGGAUCAUCUUCGCGAACGAGGGCGUCCGCGGGCUGUACCGGGGUUUGACGGUGAGUCUCUUCAAGGCUGCGCCUGGGAGCGCCAUCACGGUGUGGACGUACGAGAGGGUUUUGAGGGCGUUGCAGAGACUUGAUGGCUCUGACGAAAAGCGGUUUUGA